AUGAUCUGCUCGACGAUUCGCUUCGGAAAAGGUGUCACAUCCGAAGUGGGCUACGAUGUAAGACAGCUCGGUGCAAAGCAUACCCUUAUUGUUACGGAUAAAAAUGUGGCCAACACAAAAGCAUUCAAAAGCGUUUCGCAGUCGUUGCAAUCAUUAGGAUUGAAGUUCACAGUCUUUGAUGACGUACUGAUCGAGCCAACGGAUGAAAGUGAGUGCUAGAU